UGAGCGUGUGUGACGUCAGCAACACUACAAACUGCUCACGGCGUUCCCUCUAUAGCAGAGGACUGCCUCCUGGAUGCCUUUUGACAGUUCGCAGCUGGACGUCAGGGGGACAGUAUGGCCGGGGUAUUUCCUGGCGACGUGUCCCCGGCCGUUCGCCUGUAGGACACAUACUUUAUUUUACUGCGAUCCGCGUAUUAUUUUGACGCUCUACUUCCUCAUGCUACGGCUAGCUUCCACGCUAGCAUUGCUUACGGACGGAGGAUGCUACUUGUUAGCUGGCUAGCAAUGGACAUACGUGGCUUGUGAAUGUUAGCCUUUUUGCCAAAAUCAUUUUUUUAAAUCGACGCUUUCAUCAUGAAUUUAUAUCCAUAUGUCCAGUAUUUUUCGCUUGUGGUUUUGUGGGCAAAUGUGUCGGGUGUCAAGUUAGGUUACAUCGCUUCCUUUGUUUAUAUAGCGGCCAUCUGAACAACCCCAGUUCAGGUGUUGUGACCUCAACAUGACUGGAUCCAGCUCACACGUCUUUAUGGAAAUACGGAGGAGGGAGAAAACCUACAUCCACUGAUGUGAUAGCCGCAGGUGUCCAGCUAAAUUAACGAAAAUGUGUUGGCUUCAAAUAUUCUUGAUCGUCGGUCUUGUUGACUGGGUAAAAUGUCAAGAAAUCCAACACAUGACAACAGAGGAGAAGAACACAAUCAGGGAUCGGAUUGUUGAGAUGUUUGAUCAUGCUUAUGGCAGUUACAUGAAAUAUGCCUAUCCGGCCGAUGAGCUGAUGCCUCUCAGCUGCAAGGGGCGUGUACGAGGCCAGGAGCCUAACCGAGGUGACAUCGACGAGUCCUUGGGGAAAUUUUCACUUACACUGAUCGACACACUCGAUACCCUGGUGGUGUUGAACAAGUUGGAUGAGUUUGAAGAUGGUGUUCGGAAAGCGGUGCGGGAUGUACGUCUGGACAGUGACGUGGUGGUAUCAGUGUUUGAGACCAACAUCAGAGUUUUGGGGGGGCUUCUCGGGGCCCACGUGAUGGCUGACCUGCUCCGUCAGCGUGGAGGGAGGAUGCAGUGGUAUGAAGAUGAGCUCCUCAACAUGGCUACGGAGCUUGGCCAUAGGUUACUGCCUGCCUUCAACACCUCAAGUGGCCUUCCUUACCCCAAGGUGAACUUGCGUUACGGAGUGCAGAACCCGCUUUCGCGCACAGGCGCCGAGUCGGACACGUGCACAGCUUGUGCGGGAACAAUGAUCCUGGAGUUUGCGGCCCUGAGCAGAUUAUCAGGAGAGUCUGUCUUUGAGGAACAUGCCCGGAGAGCUUUGGAUGUCCUUUGGGAGAGGCGACAGAAAGGAAGCGACCUGGUGGGGACUGUCAUCAACAUCCAUAACGGCGAAUGGGUCAGACGCGACAGCGGCGUCGGUGCUGGCAUUGACUCGUACUACGAAUACUUAAUGAAGGCCUACAUUCUUCUGGGAGACGACGUCUUUUUGGAAAGGUUUAACGUUCACUACAGUGCCAUUAUGAAGUACAUCAGUCAGCCUCCCCUGCUGCUUAACGUGCACAUGCACAACCCGACCGUGAGCGCGCGGAGCUGGAUGGACUCGCUGCUGGCGUUUUUCCCCGGCUUACAGGUCUUGAGAGGAGAUCUGAAACCAGCCAUUGAAACCCACGAGAUGCUGUACCAAGUCACAAAACAGCACAAGUUUCUUCCAGAGGCUUUUACCACAGAAUUCCGAGUUCACUGGGGCCAACACCUCCUGAGACCAGAAUUUGCAGAAAGCACCUACUACCUCUACCAGGCCACCGGCGAUCCCUACUACCUCAGAGUGGGUCAGUCCAUCGUGGAAAAACUCAACGCUUAUGCCAGAGUGCCUUGUGGGUUUGCUGCUGUGCAAGAUGUCCGCACGGGCACGCACGAAGACAGGAUGGACUCAUUCUUUCUGGCCGAGAUGUUCAAAUACUUGUACCUGCUGUUCACGGAGAAGACGCAGCUGCCCAUCAGUAUUGACGAUUACAUCUUCACCACGGAGGCCCACCUUCUGCCCGUGUCUCUAUCCACCACGCAGCCAUCUUGUCAAGGCAACAAAACAGAAACUCAUGCUGUGGCCCACAAAGAGGAUCUGUUCACGCGCACCUGCCCGAGCACGGAUACGUUGUUCCCGAACAACCCUUCAUUUGCCAAAAGUAUCCGGGACAGCUACAAGUACCUGACGGGUGUGGGACGAGCUUUCCACCCCUCACCUAUCAGAGAAAUUGAGUUACCUCUUCAUGAUAAUGGCAUCGAACCAGUGGAGUUCCUAAAAAGCAUGGGCAUUUCUCUCACUCCACUAAAUGAGUUCAGCACGGGAGACACCAGAAGGGAGCACAAAGGCGCGUGCCGGAUGAAACUUGUGGCGGAGGUGAGACAAACGCUGGAUGAGGAGGAAGUGGUGCCUCAUGCGGUGCAGCUUAUCUCCCCUCCCUUUCUGGGGAGGACCGUGCUCAUGGCAGGCCCUGCCAAGUUUGGAAUGGACCUGACCAAGCGAGAACAUGGCGUGAAGGGCAGCAUAGCGAAGGCGUCCCCUUACACAGCCUGCAGGCCACUCGAAAAUCCAGCUGAGCUGAAAGGCCACGUCGCCUUGGCGCUACGCGGCGACUGCAUGUUCGCGGCAAAAGCACGCUGGCUGCAGGAGGCGGGCGCCAUAGGAGUCAUCUUCAUCGACCACCAGGAGGGAAGCAAUAGCGAGGAAACGCCGCUCUUCCAAAUGGUCGGCGACGGCGACUCCACCGACGACAUCGCCUUGCCGUUGGUCUUCCUGUUCAGCCGCGAAGGCGCCAUCCUCGCCGCCGCCCUGGAGGAACAUCGCAACGUAGACGUACUGCUGCUCCCUAAAGAGAGGCAGCUGGGACACGGUAAGACAGACCAACCAGUUCUUAACAUUAAACUGAGACUUUCUGAGGAGGAAGAGGUGGAGGAAGAAGAAGAAGAAGAGGAGGAGGAGGAAUCGAGUGGGCCCACUGUGAAGGUGCUUCUUGAUGAAAGUGAAGAUCUCAAAUGAAAUGAAACCACAUGAGCUGCAUACAUUUGCACAUUUAGCGUGUGGAAAUGAGCCUUGCACGUUUUGUGUGUGUGUGUGUGUGUAAAAAAAAACACAAAACGGCGACCCGUAGAGCUUCAGAGCCUCUCUGAGAUCAUACGGCCACGCGCUCACAAUGACAGUGAAAAUGGAGCUUUAAUCCUCCGCGUUGCGGUGAGACAAAAAGUAGGUCAUUCCGGGCCAAAGAUGUUCCCAUAGUUUAUUAUUCCGGGCUGCUGCUGCUGCCUGAUUGAACCUCAUGUGUGGCUCUUGGUUGCUACCGACGACUGACUCUGGACUUAAUACCUUAACCUCACCUUCCGGGAAUGGUUCACGUAAGGUAGAAAAAGAUGUUUUUAAGCAAUGUUUUUAAAUCUAGAUUUUGCACUUUUUUUUUCUCAAGUGUUAAUUAUAAGGAAUUGUAGCUGGGAUAUAUAUUUUGUUUCAAUAAGUGAUCAUUUGAGCUUGUAAGCAGCUUCAGGGAAUUUGAAGUAUAUUUUCUGUGGUUGAGAAUGUGUGUGUGUUGGUCUAUUUUCACGACAAUACACAAGAUUCCUGUCUCAACAUCCCGUUACGACAACGUCUCCACGACUUCGUCCUAAGUCACAUUCCAAGGAAAGAAGAAGCGGUCUUGCAUUUUUCAGGCAGCACACAAUUAUUUUCCCAGCUAAAUGUGCAAUCUUUAUUUUAUGGAGUUGAAAUGAUUCACGUUACGGUAUGGACUGUUUCCCAUCAGAUUAGUUUUUCAUGCAGAUGCUACAAAAGAGUGUUGAGGCCAAGCAAACCUUGGGUGGAAAAAGGAAAAUAAGACUAAAGUCAUCAUCAUUUCCGAUUUUUUUUUUUUUUUUUUUUUUUUAAUGAGAAAAUAUGAAAUGUAUUUUCUUGUAAUGAUAUGACUUUAUUCUGAAAAUGGUAACCUUUUGCCCUCAUCACUACUUUAUCUUUUGAACGGCACUUUCUUGUAGUACUUUGAAUUUAUUAUUUCUUCAAUAACCAAUUACAACUACGCGACUGUCGUUGCAUAACUUUGACUUGAUUCUCGUCAGAUUGUGAUGAUGCUUGCAAAAUGAUUCCCCUAAGCUACAAAACGACUUUUUUUUUUGUAAUGUUACAACAUUACCCUCAUAGAUCUGCGACUAUAUUGUUGUUAUUCAAUGACAUUUUUCCUCAUACUAUUAUUCUUCGGGGUGGCUUCUCCGAAUCCUUAUUGAGAAGCAGCAUGGUGGGUGUUAUGCAAUGAGUUAAUUACAGUUAUGUGUGAGCCCAUUAAGUUUAAAUUUGUCAUCAUGAAAAUAACUUGAACCAA